AUCUGAUGAUUAUUUUAACGUUAUCCUUUGUCAAUCUCUAUAAAUGCAGCAUCCCACUCGGUAAUCGUUGCCUCCAUAUUCAUAACUUCCAAAGUUCACAUUGCAGUAAACGGAGAGAAAUAUCUCUUUUCUGGAAGGAAAGGUCCCCCCCAAAAAGAAAAAAGGCUUAAUUUUCUUUCAUAUUUUCUAUCACUUUCUAUAGAAGAACUAGAAAAAGAAUAUGGCUAUGAAUAUUACUCACCAGAUCGGAGCUCUCGCGGGAACUCCAAUCUCAACAGAACCCAUCACCACUGCCACAAGUGAAUCUACGGCGACGGUCAGCGCUACUGCGGCUUGGAAAACUCCUGCGCCAAAUAUGCUGUGCAGAACUAGAAAACCAGACGUUGUGGAGCAGAAAUCUCAACCGACGAGCCCUUGCCGGUCUCCAAUACUAAACGGGAUCCGCGCAGAUCUGUCGGUAGCUUGCCGUGCUUUUGCGUUAGAGGCGACGACAUUGGAGACGGCAACGGAAGGGGCGGAAGAGAGGAUGUAUAGAGAAGUUUCCACGAAGGAGAAAGGGAGAGGGGUGCCGGUGUACGUGAUGAUGCCGUUGGACAGCGUGACGAUGGGCAACACAGUGAACCGGAGGAAGGCGAUGAACGCCAGCUUGCAGGCGUUGAAGAGCGCCGGAGUUGAAGGGAUCAUGGUGGACGUAUGGUGGGGAUUGGUUGAGAGAGAUGCGCCUGGGGUGUAUAAUUGGGGAGGGUAUACUGAGCUUUUGGAGAUGGCGAAACGACAUGAGCUUAAGGUUCAGGCGGUCAUGUCGUUUCAUCGGUGUGGAGGCAACGUCGGCGAUUCUUGCACAAUACCAUUGCCCAAGUGGGUUGUGGAGGAGAUUGACAAAGAUCCAGAUCUUGCAUACACAGAUCAGUGGGGAAGAAGGAAUUAUGAAUAUAUAUCUCUAGGCUGUGAUACCCUUCCGGUCCUCAAGGGUCGGGCGCCCGUGCAGUGUUACUUUGAUUUCAUGCGGGCUUUCAGAGACAACUUCAAAAAUCUUCUCGGUGAUACCAUUGUGGAAAUUCAAGUGGGAAUGGGUCCAGCAGGUGAGCUCCGCUAUCCCUCAUACCCAGAGCAGAAUGGGACAUGGAAAUUUCCAGGAAUUGGAGCAUUCCAAUGUUAUGACAAGUAUAUGCUUAGCAGCCUGAAAGCUGCAGCUGAAGCUGCUGGUAAGCCAGAAUGGGGUAGCACAGGCCCUACUGAUGCUGGUCACUAUAACAACUGGCCAGAAGAUACCCAGUUUUUUCGUAAAGAAAAUGGUGGUUGGACUAGUCCUUAUGGUGAAUUUUUCCUUAAUUGGUACUCUCAGAUGCUCCUAGACCACGGUGAGAGGAUACUUUCAUCGGCCAAGGCCAUCUUUGAGAACACCAGUGUAAAGAUCUCAGUAAAGGUUGCAGGAAUACAUUGGCACUACGGCACAAGGUCCCAUGCCCCAGAACUCACGGCUGGGUAUUACAACACAAGAUUUCGGGAUGGUUACCUUCAUAUUGCACAAAUGUUAGGACGCCAUGGUGCUAUUUUCAACUUCACUUGUAUUGAGAUGCGUGAUCAUGAGCAACCACAGGACGCCCUUUGCGCACCUGAGAAGCUUGUCAGGCAGGUGGCUUUAGCAACUCAGGGAGCAAAGGUUCCACUCGCUGGGGAAAAUGCCUUGCCACGAUAUGAUGAAUAUGCACACGAGCAAAUCUUGCAGGCAGCAUCAUUGAAUAUUGAUGGUAAUUCGGGUGAUAGGGAAAUGUGUGCUUUUACAUACUUGAGGAUGAGUCCUCAUUUAUUCCAAGAAGAUAACUGGAGACGGUUCGUGGCUUUUGUGAAGAAGAUGAAGGAAGGGAAGAAUGCUGAACGGUGUGGGGAGCAGGUUAAGCGGGAAGCUGAGCAUUUUGUGCAUAUGACUCAGCCUUUAGUUCAGCAGGCUGCAAUGGCUCUAAUGCACUGAGGAUUUGGUUUAACUUGCCAGUUCUAUACCAUCGCAAACAAACUCUUAUGGCUUUGUUAUAGCUGCCUUUUUUUUAUGCUGUAGCAAUAGACGUUUGCCCUGAACCCCCAAAAAAUAAGAUUAAAAUUAAGAAUAUGUUAAGUUCAUUGCUGUACCACGAUAAGUUAUGUAUUUUUUUUCUUUCUCAACAAGCUAGUUGUAGAUUUGGUGAUCAAUCAAUGUAAUGCUCUGUUAUGUAUUUAAGCAAUAACUUCUUCUUCUGGAGUA